CACUUCAUUUCACUUUUAACUGCCCUUCUGCCUACACAUUGAUGCGCCCCUCCUCUAUACCUCGCUUGCCCGAAGAACCCUCACCACUUCAAUGUAUAAUGGAUCUCCUCAACUUUUCCUUUCACUUUUCUAACCAUACUUCUUUUUCAAUCUUAUGCAUUUGAGAGAGAGAGAGAGAGAAGAGAGAGAGAGAGAGAGAGAGAGAGAGAGAGAGAGAGAGAGAGGGUCAUAGAAGAAAAAUCUGAUAAUGGCUUCGAAUAAAACACCAUUAUUGGAGAAUGGUAAGGGCGGCAGUGGAGAAGAGAAGAAGAAAGGAUGGGAGAAGGUGGUGGACUUCGAGGAAGCGAAGAUGCAGAUUUGCUUCUCCGUCCCAAUGAUCCUGACAAGCGUUUCAUACUAUUGCAUCACCUUGAUCUCUGUCAUGUUUGCUGGCCACCUUGGCGACCUUGAGCUCGCAGCUUCCACCCUGGCUAACUCUUGGGUAAUGGGCACCGGUCUCGCUCUCAUGACUGGUCUAAGUGGAGCACUUGAGACACUCUGUGGACAAGGGUAUGGUGCAAAGUUAUACAGAAUGAUGGGAAUUUAUCUACAAUCUUCAAUCAUAAUAGCUUUCUUCUUCUCUUUGAUCGUAUCUGUUUUAUGGUUCUAUUCAGAACCCAUUCUGAUUUUGCUUCAUCAAGAACCUCCAGUAUCAAAAAUGGCUGCCCUAUACAUGAAGCAUUUGAUCCCAGGGUUGUUUGCUUAUGGCUUCCUACAAUGCAUCCUCAGGUUUCUCCAGACACAGACUGUCAUAAUACCACUAGUUGUGUGCUCAGUGGUUCCCUUAGUCGUCCAUGUUGGCAUCACUUAUACAAUGAUUUCCCACACACCUCUGGGAUUCAGGGCAGCACCAUUGGCAGCUUCCAUAUCACUAUGGAUAUCAUUUCUCAUGUUGGCCCUCUAUGUCAACUAUGCCGAUAAAUUCAAGCAUACAUGGGAAGGGUUUUCGAUGGAAUGCUUUCGUUAUGUACUUCCAAGUUUGAAGUUAGCAAUUCCUUCUGCUGUUAUGGUGUGCUUGGAGUACUGGGCUUUUGAAUAUUUGGUGUUAAUAGCAGGAUUGAUGCCUACUUCAGAAAGAAGCACAUCACUGAUAGCAAUGUGCGUAAAUACUGAAGCUGUCACAUAUAUGAUAACUUAUGGUUUCAGUGCUGCAGUUAGCACACGAGUGUCAAAUGAAUUGGGCGCUGGUAAUGCAAAUCGUGCGAAGAAUGCUAUCGCAGUGACCCUCAAGCUCUCUAUUUUUCUGGCUCUUACAGUAAUUCUAGCCUUAGCAUUUGGUCACAAUAUCUGGGCAAGCUCCUUCACCAAUAGUCCUAUAAUAAAGAGAGAAUUUGCUUCCAUGACCCCAUUGCUUGCAAUCUCCAUAUUAUUUGAUUCAGCUCAGGGCAUUUUAUCAGGGGUGUCCAGAGGAUGUGGCUGGCAGCACUUAGCAGCAUGGACUAACUUGGCAGCUUUCUAUGGUAUUGGCAUGCCUAUAGCGGUUCUCCUCGGUUUUAAGAUGGGAUUAUAUGCUAAGGGAUUGUGGAUUGGUCUGAUCUGUGGACUCUCCUGCCAAGCAUGUACCCUAUUAGUUAUUACGGUACGCACGAAAUGGGAAAAAAUUAACCUCUCUAUCGAGAAUGGUAAAGCCCAAUCAGUGCUGGUCUAAACUGAUCAUGUUUGAUGUAACUAACUAUAUGGGUGUUAAAAGAAGAAUGCCUCAAAACAGUACAAGCUUGGUUGUAGCACUAGGUCAAACAAGAUAUGCCUUAGGAUACAGAAGCCUGAGCCUGAGAAGUUAUAGCUAGCUUAAUUUUCCUAA